AUGCCAAACGAGACAUUCAAGCUUGAUGAGUCCAACUAUGCGGAGUGGACUGUGGUGAUGCGAGCGCUACUGGUCCGGAAGGGCCUGUGGGACGUUACUGGAGGUACGGACACGGUGAGGCCGUUGGGGAGUCCGAACUCCAAGGUUGUGAAAGCGCUCGAGACGAUGUACCUGGCACGUGGCUUUGGUACGCGCCUAUCGCUCCGCCGCAAGUUCUUCGUGAUGAAGAUGUCGGGCACGAUGCAGUCGUGGAUCGCUGACGUUGCGACCGCUGCGUUCCGACUGGAGGCUGCCGGCGUCGUUGUCACCGAUGAGGAUCAGAUCCUGGUGUUGAUGAAUGGACUGCCCGAUUCGUACGAAGGGUUCACUAUCUCCCUCGACUCGACUUCUCCCAGCGAACUCACGCUCGACUACACGAUCAUCCGCCUCAUCAAUGAACACGAGCGCCACAUGCAUGUGCAGGCCGCCGAGGCCACCGCGACCACGACGAAGACUCGCGCAUCGAAGGACACCGGCGUUGCCGCCGCCGUUCUGAGCUCCGAGCGCCUGUAA